CGCCGCAGCCUCAACAAACAUUAGUGGAAUAAACGCAAACCUUCACUGAGCGUCUCUCCUUCAGUAUUUAGUUUUUAGCCAUUCAGUUGGCUUUAUUUUAUCCAGAUUGUCAUCUACGGGUGUCCGACAAGCUUUCUAAUCUGGAGGAGGACGGGGAGACUAGCAUGGCCAUGACGGGAGGCAUGGCUGCGCCACUCCCGAUGAGUAACCACACCCGUGAGCGUGUGACGGUGGCCAAACUCACGCUGGAGCACUUCUACAGCACCUUGCUCACCCAGCACGAGGAGAGGGAGAUGAGGCAGAAGAAGCUGGAGAAGGUGAUGGAUCAGGAGGGUUUACCUGAUGAAGAGAAGAGCAUGAGGCGCUCUCUGCACGCCCGUAAGGAGACAGAGUUUUUGCGGCUCAAGAGGACGCGCCUGGGUCUUGAUGACUUUGAGUCCCUCAAAGUGAUCGGGAGAGGAGCAUUUGGAGAGGUGCGACUGGUUCAGAAAAAGGACACUGGUCACAUUUAUGCUAUGAAGAUCCUCAGGAAAGCAGAUAUGCUAGAAAAAGAGCAGGUGGCUCAUAUCCGGGCGGAGAGGGAUAUCCUGGUAGAAGCCGAUGGUGCCUGGGUAGUAAAGAUGUUCUACAGUUUUCAGGAUAAACGCAAUCUUUAUCUCAUCAUGGAGUUCCUGCCUGGAGGAGAUAUGAUGACUCUGCUGAUGAAGAAAGACACCCUUUCUGAAGAGGCUACUCAGUUUUAUAUUGCAGAGACCGUCCUGGCCAUAGACUCCAUUCACCAGCUGGGCUUCAUUCACAGAGACAUAAAACCUGAUAACCUACUGCUUGAUUCACGGGGCCAUGUGAAACUGUCAGACUUCGGUCUCUGUACAGGCUUGAAGAAGGCCCAUCGGACUGAGUUUUACCGGAACCUAACGCACAACCCUCCCAGUGACUUUUCCUUUCAGAACAUGAACUCAAAACGGAAGGCAGAAACAUGGAAGAAGAACCGGAGGCAGCUGGCAUAUUCGACCGUUGGCACACCAGAUUACAUUGCCCCCGAGGUCUUCAUGCAGACAGGUUACAACAAACUGUGUGACUGGUGGUCUCUUGGAGUGAUAAUGUACGAGAUGCUGAUAGGCUACCCACCCUUCUGUUCUGAGACGCCACAGGAAACUUACAGGAAAGUCAUGAAUUGGCGAGAAACGCUGACCUUCCCCCCUGAGGUCCCCAUUUCAGAGAGAUCCAAGGACCUGAUCCUUAGGUACUGUGCAGAUGCAGAAAACAGGAUUGGAUCAGGAAGUGUGGAUGAAAUCAGAUCUCACCCUUUCUUUGAGUCAGUGGACUUGGAGCACAUCAGAGAAAGACCUGCUGCUAUUUCCAUUGACAUCAAGAGCAUUGAUGAUACGUCGAACUUUGACGACUUUCCAGAGUCAGACAUUCUACAGCCAGUGACAAAUGUAACAGAACCAGACUUUAAAUCAAAAGACUGGGUUUUCCUCAACUACACCUACAAACGGUUUGAGGGACUCACUCAGCGUGGAACCAUCCCUACCUACAUGAAGGCGGGCAAAGCAUGAAAGCAUGAGUGAUAUCAGCGUACUUGGAACUUAAAAGACAAUUAAAUUGCAGAUGUUGGCCUCUUGCUUCUUUCAGAGAUUCUCUCUGUUCCCAUGAGCCCAUCUGUAUAGAAGCUUAUGCACUGCCGCUUUGUGCCACAUAGUAGACCUGUUCUCAGAGGAGUCCCUGGCGAUGCUAAAAAUGAAAAGUAAUUAAAAAAAGAUUGAUAAUUGUAUCGCCACCCAAACACAUUGAAAGACUCCUGCUGCUCUGCUAAAAUGAGACAUAAAAGUUGUCCAAAUGCUUUUCAACACUGGGUCACAAAUCAAAAAGGGAAGUAGAUACAACACUGAAGCCUUACGUUUACAUUACAGUGGGUGUAACUUUAUCCUCAAACCUCUUAGGUGACAAAGCUGCAAUAAAGUCAAUUUCCAGAGGAAGUUGAGAAUCUGUAUAACUCCAAAUGGUGGAUGUACAUGUUUAACAUGUUAGCACAUAAUUUACUACCUAAUGCUGAAUAGUUUUGAUUUUGUUCAUUUUUUUGUUGUAUGAUUACAACCUAUCUAAAUGAUACUUGAAUGGUUCCUCUUUAAAUAAGUGCCAGCGAGUAGCCAAUCCUCCAAUUCUCUGUUCCGGUGCAUUUCACACACAAAGUGAACUGGUUGUUUCAUUUUUUUUUUUCCUCUCUUUGUUUGAUAGUGGGUGUGGUUUACCUAUGCAAUCAUUUUAAAUUCUUUUGUAAUGCAUGCUAAAUGUACUGUAGGUUCAAUCGGUGGGAAUUUUUGAGGAAAGACAUGGGUUGAAAAGAGAUUUAAAUAAUCUUUUAAUUUGCAAAAACAUUUAAGCAUAUCAUCAAUAACACUAACGCUUUGUUAGACAAGAGUUUGACAAAGCUUCAGUGCAUAAUGCCAGUAAAGAUGUAAACUUCCAGUAUAGGUCAUUUUUUAAAUCAAACGGUAUAAUGGUGAUAAGAGAAAGGUGAUGGUUAAGUAUUAGCAUUACUGUUUAUAAAAAGAUAAGAAAUCAUAGCCAGUGGCAUCAUUUGAUACUCAUUGAUUUAAUGGUCACUCACAAUUAAACCUCUCUUAUAAGCAUUCUUAACUUACUGACAUCUGCUGUUGUGCAUGACUACAAUUUACUGGCCUGAUAGGCUGAAGAGUGAACAAAUGCCAUCCUUCACAAAUGCUGUAGCUAAGAGGAAUUUGUAAUGUGUAAAAGAUUGGUGCUGGUUUUUUUUUUUUUACUUUUGCCAUUUUGUUAUCUGUUGACUUGAUGGAAAUGUAAAAAUUAAAG